UACCGUAUACACUACCCAAUGUAUGUACGUAUACAAAGUACAGGUCAACUGAGGAUCCAAAAUUAAUUGAAAUUAAAACCCGUUGUUGCAGACAUUUAGUUAACACAUUUCUGUUAUAAACAGAUAGGUAACGAUUUCACCGCCCCCCCCCUCCCUCCCAUCAAUGUUGACGUCAUCUAUCCCAGUGUUUUCCUACUGUUAAUGAGCCAGGGCACACAUGUCAUAAAUCACACACAUUUUACUCAAGAAAAAUACCCCGGCGCACCGGCUACCAAAAAUGACAACUAUGUUAGGUGAAAUGUACCAAGCUGUUGUGUCUGUCAUUGUACAUCGCUGGCAUAGACAGAUGAACAAAGUAAAUAAAUACCAUGAAUGGAUAGAUUCUCUUUGGGGGGGGUCAGAGCUUAACAUGAUAGAGUACUUAACUAAAUGCAAAGUGAUGCAAACUUUGUGUGAACAUUUGUUGGGAUUAUUUGUUUAAAUGGUAACCUGCGAAACAACAUUUAAUUUUUUUAAAUAGCUGUCACAUAAUAAGUAAUAACCCGGGUGACAACAGGCGGGCCAGUGGGCUGUUUCAUGCCUGCUUUUCUUCACGUCUCUGUGUUAAAGUGCUGACUUCCAUCCACAUGUUGAAACGUUUGUGUGCAUUUCCGUGCCUCGUCGUGACCACGACGACCACCACGCCACGGCGGUGUCGGACUGCCGCCACCGAGUCCACUUCGCAUUUUGAGCGACGCCCCCAAAUUCCGUGCCGAGUGUUUGCAGACCCUCCGGGACGGAGAGGUGGAGGAGGAAUCGGCAGCUCGGCCGUCUGUGUACGCUACAACCCGCACCAACGCCAUUAGUUCAUGACUUCAUCGAAGCUUUUUUUUUUUGACAGCGGCGUUCGAACGAGCGUUUUAGAAGGACUCCACGGCUGCUGCAGAGAAUGGGAAUAAGGACACAGGCCAAGGCUUGCCAUUUUGGCUGAAGGAACAGGACAGUUGUCAACUCUGCGCGCCGGCGUCAAUCCCUCUCUCCCUCACCUCACCUCUCCUCUCUUCCCCCCCUCCGGCGCACACACAAGGACACAAACCGCCGCCCACAUUCACGGCUAUGUCCACAGCAGUAGACAUUGCUGGCCCUUCCUCGCCAGAUCAAGCCAACAGCAGUGCUAAAAUCCCCAACGAGCCACUGAGACCCAGCCUCAAGCGCUCCAGCCACCCCUACGGCCUGUCCCAUUACAUCGCCAGCCCUUCCCAAGGCAUGGACGUCAAAGGCCUGAUCCAACCCUCCCCGGCCCAGCAGCAGGCGGCCCCACCCGGCCCCACUAAACCUCGCCGGGCCCCCUCCUGGCCCGACAUGUGGGAGUCGCCCAGCGGGCUACACCUGGCCCAUGCCGCAGAGCUGCUGAUGCGCGCCGGACUGCUGGCACUGACCCCUACCGCCACAGAGCAGGCCGGCUCGGGUGCGCAGAGCAGCCAGCCGGCUAAAAGGGACGUGGUGGAGGUGAAGGGAGGCAAGGGGGACGGCGAGGGAGGAGGAUCCGGGCCUGAUGAGGAGGAAGAGGACUCUCCCGGAUGCAGGACAGACAUCCAGCCCUACCUGGGUGCCUGGUUCCCUUUCAGCCCCACUCUCUUGCCUCUCGCUGGGUUCCAGAUGGGGGGAGGCCACUGGAGGAGCACGGCAAUGGGGGCCGAGGGCAUUGAGGGCCUGGUGGCCGAGGGUCACUCUCCCGGCUCUCUGGGCGGUGGCGGUGGCAGCGGCAGCAGGAGGAAGAGGAAGCGGUGCGGAGAGUGCGUUCCUUGUCGGCGUCAGACGAACUGCGAACAGUGCAGCAGCUGCCGCAAUCGUAAGAGGGGACACCAGAUCUGUAAAUACAGGAAGUGCGAGGAGCUGAAGAGGAAGCCGGGAGGUCCUGGGUUUGAGGGCAGAGUGUCCGCAUUUGACCUCAGAGGUUCCGACUUUUCUUUGGGCCUGGCGCAGGAGAGAAGCAGCGGCGCCUUGGAUGGAUAGUAACGUUUGUUGCAUUUGUCACAGAAUCCUGCUUGGAUGAUUGUUGAGGAGCUGAAGUGCAAAACAUGCACACGCACACACACAUGCACACACACACACACAUACACACACACACACACACACACACACACACACACACACACAGUAGACACACACUGGACACCAUGGUGGUUCAAAGACGUGGACAUGAUGUUUAGUGCAGAGCUGCACCUCUUCAAGAAUGUUCUCACUCGUUCCCAUCCUUUCUUUUGACAAUCAGUGAAUUGGAGAGGAGAGGAGAGAGAGAGAGAGAGUGAUCGAGAGAGUGAUCGAGAGAGAGAGUGAGAGGACACCAAUGUGUCACUGUAUUGCCGAUGACAAAAAAAGCUGUAAAUAGACUGUAAAUAUCGGGGAAAAAAACAUUAUGUCUUUUUUACAUCCCUUUCCAGUUUGGAUGUAUUGUGUUGCAGCCGUUUAAAAAGAAAGAAGAAGAAAAAAAAAGAGCCAAAUGUUUUGUUUCCAACAGGGACUCUCAAUUCUGUUGUUACCGCAUCAUCAGUAAGCGAGUCGUCUAAAUUAUUUCAUGUGCAACUUGUACUGUAUAGAUCUGUUUGCCCUUUUGAAAUAAAAGAAAUUGGCCAUG